UGACUUUACUAAAGAGAAAAAAUUAAAAAUAAAAUACAAUUUUAAUUUCCGGAAUAUAAAAUCAGUCCUUAAACUCCACACAUUAUCUUUCGAGUUGUCAUAAGAUGAGUUGCUGCUGUGACCAAAACGACGAUGCAGAGUCCCUAACGCAACCUCUCUUCACCACCGACAUGCCAUUGCCAGCCGAGACGUCACCGACCGACACGAUAUCUCCGAUCAACUCGCACUUCACGGCUCUCACGUGCCGCGACACACUGCGUCUCAUCUUCCAGAAGCUCUCCGUCCCCGACCUUGCCCGGGCGAGCAGUGUGUGCAAGGUCUGGAACUCAGUGGCAUCCGAUGAUUCCAUCAUGGUGAGCGCUUUCAUGGCUCCAUGGGGGCUCAAGGAGGUGGUGGGAAAGCCCGUGUCUAGCAGUUUCUGGAGGGAUAAUGGGAUCGGCAAGUUUGCUAUCUCGCAUCGGAUUUUGCGUGGGGACAGCGUGGCUAGCCUUGCGGUCAAGUAUUCAGUUCAGGUUAUGGACAUAAAACGUUUAAAUAACAUGAUGAGCGAUCAUGGCAUAUAUUCAAGGCAGAGAUUGUUAAUUCCCAUAAACAAUCCAGAACUUCUUAUAAGUGGGACAUGUUAUGUAGAGUUGGAUGCUUAUGCAAAAAGGGAAGUUGCGGUGCUAUAUCUGGAUGGUAAACCUGACAAAAAUUUGGGCUGCUUGUUUAAUAGGCGGAGCUCGGGGCAAGCCAAGAGAAGAAUAAUCGAUUCAUUGAGGAGAAGCAUGCAAGUUGAUGAUGGAACAGCUCAAUAUUAUUUGUCAAUUUCAAAUGGUGACCCUCGGGCUGCAUUAUCAGAGUUUUCCGCAGAUCUUCAGUGGGAGACACGGGCAGGCUUGGCUUAGUUGAAAUGUUAUGUUGGUGCUUCAAGCCAGAAGCGGAGCAGCUGCCUGUGUUUCUCAUUGUGUGGUCUACUUUCAUGUCCUCUUCUGCAAAUAUUUUAAUGUAGCUGAUUGCUAUGUUAUUAGAUAUAUAUAUAUAUAUAUAUAUAUAUAUAUGAAGCUUGUAAGUGUUAUGUGGAGAUACAUGCUUGUACAAUUGAUGCAAUUGAAAGUGAACUCGCUA